AAAUAUUCAUCGAAUCUAAUGAAAAAACAUCCAUCAAAUCUAUCAAAUCUAUCAAAUCUAAUGAAGAAACAUCCAUCGAAUCCAUUGAAGCAUUCAUCGAAGUAUCUAUUGAAGCAUCCAUCGAAUCUAUUGACUCUGUUAAAAAAGCAUCUGUCAAAUCUAUUGAAGAAGCACCUAUUGAAUCUAACUAA